GGGGCCGCCGGGGCCGCCGGGGCCGCCGGGGCCGAGCAAGGGCGGGGGUCCCGGGCCGCGGCGCCCCUCCUCCUCCGCGCAGCGCCCGCGCCCCGGCGGGAGGGAGGAAAACAGCGGGCACGUGACUCGGAAGCGUGACUUUGUUGCUGUGUGUGUGACGCGGGCCGGCGGGGCGAGAACCGCGACCGCGCGCGGCCGACCCCGGGGCGGCGGGGGCCUCCCGGGGACCGCCCGGGGACCCCGGCCCGCACCGCUUCCCCCGGACCCGGAUCCUCCUCGUAGAAGCAAGCCCGGGCCCGGGGGGGGGCGCCCCCGAGUGCGAGCAGGGGGGCCCUUCUCGCCUGACAUCCCUUCCUCUUGAGACGUUCUCAGCUGGAACCUGGGUCGGUCCGCGCACCCCUCCUCUCCUGGUGUCGGACUCCCCGGGACGGGCCGAGCCUCCCCGGCUGCUGCUCCGGCCUGUUUCUCCUUAUAGGAAACACGGGGCUGGGGAGGGGUGUGGAGCGGGCGCUGGUGCCCCCGAGGCCUGGCGGGUGGCUGCUGGGAGGAGCCAGGGACUGUGGGGUCGGUGGUCUGGGCCGGGCUGCCCCUCGGCCCCGGCCCCGGCCCCUGCCCUGCUGAGCCUGGAUGGGGGAGAUCUCCGUAGGAAGGGACUUAGCCAUCUUCUCUCCCUGCCCUCACCCCUGGCGGAGCAAGGGCAGGCUGGGAUCCUGGACCUACCACCUGCCUCUUCCCAGCCUCCCUCGUCACCGUCUGAGCAGCCCUCAGGUGAAGAGUGAGGGACCCAAGCUGGUGCCCUUCUUCAAGGCCACCUGCGUGUAUUUUGUGCUCUGGCUGCCUUCGACCAGCCCAUCGUGGGUCAGCGCCCUCAUCAAGUGCCUGCCCAUCUUCUGCCUCUGGCUCUUCCUUCUGGCCCAUGGCCUAGGAUUCCUGCUGGCCCACCCCAGUGCCACCCGCAUCUUUGUGGGGCUUGUCUUCUCCGCUCUAGGUGAUGCCUUCCUCAUCUGGCAGGACCAGGGCUACUUUGUGCACGGUCUGCUGAUGUUUGCCGUGACCCACAUGCUCUACGCCUCGGCCUUUGGCAUGCGGCCAUUGGCUCUACGGACAGGUCUGAUGAUGGCAGUGCUGUCCUGCCUGGCCUAUGCUCUUCUCUACCCGUGCCUCUCAGAUGCCUUCACUUAUCCGGUGGGGGUCUAUGUGGCCCUGAUCGGCUUCAUGAGCUGGCGGGCUUUGGCAGGACUGCGGCUGGUCGGGGCAGCCUGGCGCUGGACUGAGCUGGCAGCAGGCAGUGGUGCGGUGCUCUUUAUCAUCUCAGACCUGACCAUCGCCCUCAACAAGUUCUGCUUCCUCGUGCCCUACUCCCGGGCGCUCAUCAUGUCCACCUACUAUGCUGCCCAGAUGCUCAUCGCCCUGUCAGCUGUUGAAAGCCGGGAGCCAAUGGAAGACUACAGACUGAGCAAGGCCAACUGAGAGGCCAGGGUCUGGUUACCCCUGUCUUCUUCUGGGACGGGGGUCUAGAACCUGCAAGAACUGGGUCAGGACGGCUGUAGGUCUCACCUGCGGCAGCGAUUACCACCCGGGAAAUGUAGAAGUGAGGGGGUAAGCAGGAAGAGGAUCUCUCUAGCAAAGCUGGUGGUCUGGAACAAUUCUGAGAGCUGAAAAGAGCCAGCCUAAUUCUCCUUACUGGGGCCAGAAUUAGACAUCUCCCCACCUCUAACCCCAUCGGGACUGUCAAAACCCCUCUGGAGGGUGAUGGUGCUCAAGUGUCUUGACCGCCUCCCACUUCUACUAGAUGGAAGAGUCUGACUCACCCACUCCCACUCUUUGUAAUCUGCACAGUUAAGGGAAGAGGGGAGAAAUCUGAGCUGAGAUGACCCAAGCCCAGGGCUUGAAGCCCCUUUUGCAGGCCCCUAGUUGGGAAGACUGGAGGAGGAUGGAAUCUCCCUUUCCUUCAUCUCUCCUUAUUACUUGAACAAUCUCAAUUUCUAAGUGUUGGGUGGGAAGAUGAAGGAGUGUCUGUCCGGGUAGGCAAGACUGGGGACUUCAUUGGCCUGGGGGCUUGGGUUACCAAGGAUUCAGGUUGGUCCCAUCUCUCUCAGAGGCUAGCCCAGCGUGCAGGCCCACUACCACUACCCUUAGGACCCUAUCCCCAGGGCUAGGGUGAACCAUGCCAAAGGAAGGGGCCAGCCUGUCUGUGUGUCUGUGCACGUGAGUCUGUGUGUGUGUGGUCUGUCUCCCAGCCUGUCUAUGUCUUGCUCUGCCAUCUGUCUCUGUCCUGCUGUCUAAGUCUUAUAGAGAGAGAGCCUCAGGGAGUUGCUGCGGGGGUGCUGAGCCUGGCUUAGAGAGCUGGGACCCCACCCUGCCUCCAUCAGUGCUUUCCUCUCUGUCCCUUCAGCACUGAGAGUGAGAGGAGGGGCCUCCGAUGACUUUCUAGGGUCAUAAGACCUAAGGCACAUUCAAUGCAAAAGGAGCAAGGAUGGGUGGGACAACUCUAUCCUUUGCUGCUUAUGUGAACAAAAAAAUAAAAACCAAAGGCCAUCGCUGGCCUGCUUAUC